AUGGCUAGCAAUGAUAAUUCAGGAAGUGAAUCUAAUAAUAAUGUUGCUGCUGCUUCUUCGCCUCCAAAAGAUGGAGAAACACCCACGCAGAUUCAGCCUUUUAGAAUGCCUACAAUAGAAGAGGUCCGUGCCCAAGAAGUUUGGAAUAACUGUGCUGUUCGCAGUGUUGCUAGUGGAGUCAUGGGAGGUGGGUUGGGGUUGCUUAUGGGACUGUUUCUAGGCGCAUUGGAUAAUCCUAUUAUGCAAGAUGAGAUGACAGGAAAGCAGCAAUUCAUUUAUAAUGCGAAGCAAAUGGGGCGGAGGAGUUGGAGUUCUUGUAAAACGUUUGCAGUUAUGGGCUUGGUUUUCUCAGCUGCUGAGUGUGUUGUUGAGAAGGCCCGGGCAAAGCAUGACACCACCAAUACGGUUGUUGCUGGGUGUGUCACCGGAGGUACAAUGUCAGCAAAAGGUGGUCCGAAAGCAGCAUGUGUUGGUUGUGCUGGGUUUGCUGCAUUCUCAACACUAGAUCAUCUGGCGGAUGCAUCACAUCCAGAAUAUCCAGGUGUGGAUCUCAUAAAUGCCAUAACUGAUACAGUUUUUGAUACAAGUGAUGAGCGUUCGCAUUUCGGUUAG